CCCCCAGGCAGCUUUAAACAACAAAUAUAUUCUCUCAUGGUCCUGGAGGCCAGACUUGCAAAAUCAGUAUCACUGGGCUGAAAUCCAGGUGUGGGCAGGGCUGCACUCCCUCCAGAGGCUUUAGGGGGUGGUCCUUCUUCGCCUCUUCCAGCUCCUGGGGGCCCCCAGCAUUCUGUGGCUUGUGGCUGCGUCACCCCAGUCUCUGCCUCUGUGGUUACAUCACCACCUCUUCUAUCUCUGUCUCAUCUCCUCUUCUCAUAAAGAUUCCAAUCCACUGGAUGAAUGCCUCCCCAAUGACCUCAUCUUAACUAAUUACAUUCGUAAAGACCUGAAUCAGGUCACUCUCAUAGGUUCUCAGGGUCAGGACGUGGACACAUCUUUCUAUCAACAACUUUUUAUCAGCCUUUUGUCUGUGUCAGAAGUCCCUGUGGGGCUGGGUUGAAUCAGGCUCAUCUCCUGCCUCAGACCCAGGCCCCACCUGAGCCAGGGGACAGACACAUCCAUUCAUAGCUGGGAUCCAGGUAGAGAAUGUUGAGAUAAGAGAACGGGCAGGCUGCUAGGAAGGGCUAAACCAUCACUCCCAGGAAACCCAGAGCUGGAUCCAGAGGAGGAAUGUGAGGCAGGGCCAGGCUGAGCAGGGCUGUAUCUGUCUUUGUUUAAAAUCUUGCUAUUUUUGUUCAUCGUGGAUUUUUUUUUUUUUUUUUUGCAUUCAUCUGGAUUUUCUAAAAUAGCGCGUUAAAAUGGCAUUUAUCCCAACGACUAAGUGAGCAGGUUCCUCACUCCACACCCUUUCCCAGCCCUGGAAACAGUGUGCUUGGUAGCUACAGAUUCUCCCCCUCCACCAGCCCAUCCCUGUUAGUCUGUGGAGCCUGGCGUUGGGCGUCACAGGCGCAUUUCUCUGCCUAUGUUUGCGGUGAGGCAGGGCGUGCCAAAGCCAACUGCAGCAUUUCCUUCCUGGGAGGCAGAAAUAGCCAGGUACAACGGGGCUCUUCUUCUGCCCUCGCCCCCCUCCCUGCUCCGUCCUCAUCUCCCAGCCCCUCUCUGUAACAGAGGAACAAGGGCAAGACCCCCCCACCACACACAGCGUCCAGAUACACAACAGAUCUGAGACCAGAAGUCCCCGCAUCCUGGGAUUAUUCCCGGGAGCUGCCCAAAGUGGGCCCAGUUCCCAGUGUUGCCUGUGCCAGAUGUUUGCCUUGACCACGAAGGCCCGGGCCUCAUCCACCAAGGGCUUGCACCCGGAUGCAGAGCGCGUGGUCGCCGCUGUUCCUGCAGCUAAAAGUUCCAGAUUCUCUUCCCAGCUUUCCCCAUGCCACGAGCCAGACCCUGCUGGCCAAGUUCAAACAGCAGCACGAAGACAACAGGUACUUCCUUGGCACCCCCGUCAUGGAGCCGGCGUUCAUCAUUCAGCACUUCGCAGGGAAGGUGAAAUACCAGAUCAAGGACUUCCGGGAAAAGAACAUGGACUACAUGCGGCCCGACAUCGUGGCCCUCCUGCGGGGCAGUGACAGCUCCUAUGUGCGGGAGCUCAUCGGCAUGGAUCCCGUGGCCGUGUUCCGCUGGGCGGUGCUCCGGGCCGCCAUCCGGGCUAUGGCUGUGCUCCGGGAGGCUGGGCGUCUGAGGGCCGAGAGGGCCGAGAAGGCUGCAGCAGGUACGGACAGCCCGGGCGUCCGCGGUCUCCUGGGAGAGCUGCAGAGAGGAACCAGCACCCCAUCAGAAAAACUGUACCGCUGCUCAAUGCUAGAUUUCUCAUUUGACGGCUCUGAGGAGUUCGAUAUUAACGCUUUUGAGGACAUCAUUGCUUUCUAUGAAAGCAAGAACGAUUUGCAUGAUCAAAUCAUCAAGACCAUCAAAGGAUUGCCCUGGCAGGGUGAGGACCCCCGUAGGCUUCUCCAGUCCCUCAGUCGGCUCCAGAAACCCCGCACCUUCAUCCCGAAAAGUAAAGGUAUCAAACAAAAGCAGCUCAUUCCAAAGAACCUGCUGGACUCCAAGUCCCUGAAGCUCAUCAUCAGCAUGACUCUUCACGAUCGCACCACCAAGUCCCUGCUGCACCUCCACAAGAAAAAGAAGCCGCCUAGUAUCAGCGCCCAGUUCCAGGUAGGCAGCCCAAAGAGGCCGGGUGUGGGGGGUGGGCGAACUCAGCCUGAUGCUCUUGUGACCUGGCCAUAGCAAACCCAACAAAUGGUUAUUCUAGUGCUUCCUGCCCUCGGCAUUGUUUGACAUUUGGGGCUGACUCGUCCUCCGUGGCGGAGGCCAUCUGGGGUGUUAUGGGACACAUGGUAGCAUCCUCCGGGGGUGACAACCGAAAAUGUCUCCAGACAUUGCCGCAUGCUCUGGUGGGUGGGGCAAAAUCACCCCUGUUGUGAACCAUUUAGUUAAAAUAAUGUGAGCCCAUGAAGGUGACCACCGAACUGUGUUGUGAGGUCAUGUUUCCCUUUUUUUCCUUGGCUGCCAGGAAGCUCAGAGGUACUUUUUUUAAGGGGUCCAAAAGGCUGCUGCUGACCCGUACUUGCCAUUACCUUUUUU